GCAACUUCUCAAUAUCAUAUUAUCAAUGGCGAAUAAAAUUCCCUUAAUAGCAUUUAUAUUGUUAGCUUCAAUAUCAUGUGUAACUAGUACUAGCCGAUUAAACGAGCCAACCUCAAAAUCUUCCAAAAUGGAAACUAAUAUUGGAGACCUAGAACAACAAUACCAGCAACAAGCUCAAGAUGCAAUAAUCACUACCAUUGCUGAAGUAACUUAUGCUAAAGAAUUUAUGGAUUUUAUUUCAAAGUUAAAAACUUUAGCUACUUUAAACGGUGGACUUAGUGACCAAGUUGUUCAAUGUGUUGGAGGGUUAUCUAAUGUAAUGAACAAUGUUUUGAUAGAAGUUGAGAAAAUGGAAAAUGCAUUGCCUUCUGUGUCUUGGGGAACAGAAACAUUGCAAAAUGUAGUAGAAGUUGUGUUAACUUAUAAUGCUAUAUGUGGUUAUGCACUUGAAAGUGUUGAUGGAACUAUUAAACUUAUGGUUCAACGUAAGAUUGAAGAUGUUGCUAUGCUUACUAAUGAUGUUAUACUUCGUGUUGCUUAUCUUGUGGUGCAUUAAGUAGUGCAACCUCCGAUAAAGAUCCGAUUUUAGAAUGUAAAUAUCUUCGAACAUCUUAACAAGACCUUGAACCAAUGGUUAGAUGGAGAAAUUGCAGAGGGUGAAAUGAUCAGAAGAAUCCAAUGGCUUGAUACCACGUUCAACCAAAAUGGAGAAGUUCAUUUCUGGGUGAAUGUUAAAACUGACAGAGACGUUCACAUGAUGAUGUAUACUUCUCACAAAAUUGUUUUGAUGGUUGAAAUCACAUAGUUAUGUUUUUUAUGUGUUGUACUUGUUUGUGAUGUUAUUUUAUUUAUUAA